AUGUCGAGUCCAGACAGCCGGAACAAGCUGACUGAGAUGGGCCCAAAGCAAGAGAACCAUGCGCAUCAUGCUCCCGAGGUGGUGCAACAGGACUAUCCAGAGGCCGUUGCGCCGCAGCAACAACAGCAACAGUACAACCAACACCAACAAUACCAACAGUACCAACAGUACCAGCAGUAUCCAUUAAAACCAGAAGAUGCCCAGUACCCACCAGGGAGCGCGCCCUACUCAGCCUACAGCGGCAGCCAGCUCGACCCGACAUCACCAAGGCCCCAGGCCGCCGGUCUGGGCGGCGCGGCGCAGGCGCCCGCGGGCGGCGAGAAGAAGAAGAAGGCCACGAUAUGCGGCUGCACCGUCCUGGUCUUCGUGCUGUGCAUCAUCAUUGCUCUGCUCUCGGCUGCUGUGAUCGGUCUCGCCGCGGGAACGGGGGUGGAAGCAAGCCGGGCGAACACGGCCGACGCGAGGGCCGCCGAGCUGAGCUCGUCGCUCGCGUCCGCAACAGCCACAGCGACUGCCACGGGCUCCGCCGCAUCGAGCACCUCAUUCGCCGACCUGGACAGGAACUGCUCGGCGGAUCCCUUGGCGGUGACGGGGACAACGUACGACGCCUUCUCAUUGUUUGGCAACUACUCCUUCAAGAUCCAGUGCAACAAGGACGCCAAAGGCGGGCCGCUGAUGGCGCUCUUCGCCGCUGACUUCGACACCUGCAUGGACCACUGUGCCUCCUACAACCACUACCUCCCCAACCUGUUCGGCAGUAAUAACACCAACACCACCUGCGGCGGCGUCAGCUUUAUCCCACUGUGGACGCCAAAGGCCGAAGCGCUCAAGGGCGGCGCCCCGGGCAACUGUUACAUCAAGCCCACGCAGACUGGGGACUUGACCGACCCCAACAUCGGCACCGAGUGUCACGCCGCGGUCCUGAACACUUGA